AUGAGCGGUAGUAUCCACCGGUUCCUCUCACGGAGAGACAGGUCUCAUCGGCGCAAAGAUCUGUCCGGAUGGAGGUUAAAACAUGUUUCGGCCGAAUCUACGUCUGACUCCGCUCUCGCACAAACAUGGAAAUUGUUCUCUCCAGAACAAACAAAUGCUGAAAAUAACUGGCAGCAAGCCAAAGUGACAAAACAGCAGAUCGCUGAACUUACCCAGCGCGUGGUGGCUUAUGGUAUCCCAAUUGUUAGCAAACAGCAAUUCCGAUAUGCUCUUCAAUCUAAAUAUGCGGAUGGAGAUGUUGAAAAGGCGUUUGAACUUUUGGUGAUAAUUGAGGAUUCGAUUGAAGGUAUUCUUAGAACCUAUAGACCCAGUACCAAACUUCUCGGAGCCGUAAACAGGGAGGGGGUUACUUGCUACCUCGAUGCACUCCUGUUCGCAAUGUUCGCUCGCCUUGACUUCUUCGAAGGAGUUCUCUACAACACAUUUGAAGAUGAGCCUAGAAGGAAUCUUGUGAUAUUGUUGAGACUCUGGGUGAACCUGCUCCGAUCUGGGAAAUUAAUCACCACUGAUAUAACGAAACAGCUUCAAGAUGCGCUUGCUGCAUGCGGCUGGGCUGAUGCAGCAUUAUUGAGGCAACAAGAUGCAUCAGAAGCAUUUGCGUUCAUCACAGAAAAGUUAGAGUUGCCCUUGUUAACCCUGAAAAUGGAUAUCUUUCACACAGGCAAAGAGAAUGCGGGAGACGACCACAGAUUUAUAAACGAGAGACUUCUUGAAGUUGCCAUACCUCCUCCAAAAGAGGACGGGCCGGUUACCUUGGAGGAGUGUCUAGAAGCAUAUUUCAAUAAUCGAGUCGAGGUUAGACGGUUCCUUCAACAACAUAACACAUCACAUUCCGUUUCUUCCAUGGACUCCUUGUCAAAAGCAUACUCCACUCACGUCGAACAUGUGGAACUCGACGGCUCCGUUAGUUCGUCCUCUCAACUCUGCUCCUCUGGCCUGGCGCCAUUCCCCGAACUCACAGGAGAGCCGUCGCCGUUACCUGAUUCCCCGAUAUCCCCUGUACGUCCUCCAAGGGUUUACCGUACUUCCAGUAUUGUACGGGAACGGUUUUUCCCCGACAACGAUAACCUCAACGGCAAUUCUGAGGGAAGUAUGGCGCGGCCAGUAAAUAGACUCAGGAAAGGGAGCAUGCGAAAAGAGGUCUUGAUGCCUGCAUGGCAGAUAUUUAGUUUGAUUCCGUGGUACACAGAUAGUAUUCCCGCAAAUGACGCCGAAAUUGCGACGCACUUCUCGACUAAGAGGCCCAUAUUAGGAAUGUGUUUAAAACGAUAUUCGGUGUUGCCCGAUGGUAAAACUGUUCGGCUAAAUACCUAUGUCGAUAUCCCCACCGAAAUUGGUCUUCCUCACUUUAUCAAAGAUGAUAAUCUCGAAGACGAUGCCCCUCUUUUCGGAAAUUUCAAACUUUCUUUGCAAGCUGUGGUUUGCCAUCGAGGAACCUCUGUCGACUCGGGCCAUUAUAUUUCUCUUGUCAGGGGCACUUCUCUAGCCAAUUCCGGGUCUUCGUUAAGUGAAUGUUCACUUGCGGACAACUUGCCUUUCGGCCACAAUGAUUAUUGGCUCCGGUUCGAUGAUAUUGCCGAAGAGCGGAUCACGAUUACUCAUAUUGAGAGAGCAUUAAAAGAUGAAUCCCCAUACCUCUUAUUUUAUCAAAUCCUUCCCAUUGAUGCCGAUCCCGCCGAUUCAUGUCCACCGCCUUAUGAAGAAUCGGAUAGAUACGGCGAUAUAUUGUUUGAGAAGGGUAUAUAUAAAGCUAUACACUCUAGCUCGAACGGUGAUUCGCAAGAACUAACUCGGCUAGAUCCGUCGAUAGAGGAUCCGGACUGGCUGCAGGUGAAGCCGCCAGAUGAGACCGCCUCGAAUGGAACAUGCGAUAUCUCCCAGAGUAUCUCCAAAUCUUCUCAGAAGAGAAGCCAGUCUCGGAACAAAUCCAGUUCGUCUGAAAAGAAACUGAGUGCUGCGUUGUCCUAUCUAUCCCGCAGGAAGAGUGCCGAGCCGCUUUCGGCAUCACCAAGCACGGAAAGUACCAACAGUAGACCGCAGAGACAUUCGGAAGAUAUGUCGAGGGCUAUUGAAAGCAAUAUCCGACCGAUGCGAAGUGGGAAAGUGACACAGCCUGACAGGGAAUGUGUUGUGAUGUAA